AUGUCCUGUACUGUUACAAGAUCUGAUGAGUAUCUUGUACCCGAAGAUCAGUAUCAUCCGACUCUGUUGAUAAAUGUUAAUAACAUCGCUGGACGUCAGAGUUAUAUAAAAGGUGUAGUCCCGACAGAUAGUUACAAUUUUCGUAAUGUUAAUAUUGGUUUACUCACUGAAGGCAUCUCUAACAUUGAUUGGUCCACACUCUACAAUAUCACAAAUGCAAACUUAGCCUGCCAGGAGUUUUAUGGGAAUCUUUAUGAAAUAUUUACUAUGAUGGUGCCAACAAAUAAACCUCGUAAACAUAAGUACCCUCCUUGGUUUUCUGUAGAGAUAAUAAAAGAAAUAAAAAUGAAAGCAAAAUUUUGGAAAGCAUACAAACGAGAUGGUAACAACAAGGAUUAUGAGGAAUUUAGGAUAUUGCGUAGGCGCAUUAAACUGAAAGUAAAAACUCUUUACAAAGACUAUAUUGCCAUGGUUGAAGAGCAGAUUUCCAAUGAUCCAAAAAAAUUUUGGCAGUUUGUUAAGAUUAAGAAAAGCGGUACUGAUAUACCCCUUAAUAUGAUCGUUAAUGAUAUGAAUAUAUCAGGUCCUACAAAUAUCGUGGAAGCAUUUGCCAACGUUUUCAGAGCAGCGUAUAACCUUUCCUCAGACAAAGUAUCCACACAGGAGUAUAUUUCUGUAAGGCCCGAUGUGUCAUUAUUUCCUGUUUCUGAGCAAGAGGUCUUCGAGGCGAUUAAUAAACUCAAGUCCAAAUUUACGGCUGGUCCUGACAAAAUUCCGUCCAUAAUAAUUAGAGAAUGUGCCUCUGUUCUAGUUGCUCCGCUUACGUUUUUAAUUAAUUUAUGCCUGAAAAGUGCGACUUUCCCUGAUGAGUGGAAAAAAUCCAAAAUUGUUCCUAUUUUCAAAAGCGGUGACAAAAACAUAGUUGAAAAUUAUCGUCCAGUGGCAUUGAUGAAUAACUUCGCUAAGGUGUUCGAAUUUAUUAUCUACAAACAAAUGAUAUUCCAACUUAAGAAUUCCUUAACGGAAGUGCAACAUGGUUUUGUACCUGGUAGGUCGACGGUAACUAAUUUGUGUGAGAUUACGCAGUUUAUCUCUAGCGCUACUGAUUCUAAUUGUCAAACUGAUGUGAUCUAUCUAGACUGUUCAAAAGCUUUUGAUAGACUGGAUCACAGAAUACUCUUGUCUAAGCUUGACGUCAUUG